AUGGUGGGAAUGGAAACAGCUGAUAGUGUCCUCAAUGCGCUUGCCAAAUGCAAAAAAGGAGCAGGUGUCUUAAUCUGGACUAAAUUUGAGAGUGAGGGAAAAGAAGUGAAGUGUCCACCAGGACCAAACACUUUUCCAAUCAUUGGGAAGCUCCUUGAACUGGGUGACAAACCCCACAUGCCUCUCACCAAGCUUUCCAAGAUUCAUGGUCCCAUGAUGUCUUUAAAACUGGGCCGCAUAACCACCGUGGUGAUUUCUUUAGCAUCCUUUGCCAAAGAAGUUCUCCAUACAAUGAUGGAAGCAGCUGCAAAACCCAACUUGGCGGAUUACUUCCCUAUACUACGGAAGAUUGACCCUCAAGGACUAAGGAGUUGUAUGAUGACUUAUUUUGGGGAGAUAAUGCUACUCUUUAACCAUAUGAUUGCUGACCAGUUGCAACUGAGGAAAAAGCCUAGAUAUGUUACUUCCAAUGAUAUGUUAGAUGCUCUUCUCGAUAUCAGUGAAGACAACAGCGAGGAAAUUGAUACAUCUCGUAUUUUGCAUCUGUCACUGGACUUGUUUGUAGCGGGUACUGAUACGACUGCAACCACUUGGAAAUUUCAGUGGCUGAGCUACUUCAAAACCCUAUUGAAAGCUCGAGAGGAGCCAGAGAACAUCAUUGGCAAAGGCAACGCUAUCCAAGAAUCAGACAUAUCUCAGCUACCAUAUUUACAAGCUAUUGUUAAAGAGACAUUUCGGUUACACCCCACAGCACCCUUUUUAAUCCCAUGCAAAGCACCUGACUUAGACACUAACAUAGCCAGUUUCACAGUCCCUAAAGGUGCACAAGUAUUAGUGAAUGCAUGGGCUAUUGGCCAAGACCCAAGCACUUGGGAUAACCCAAUCUCCUUUGUGCCAAAGAGGUUCUUUGGGACACAUAUCGAUCUUAGAGGACAGAAUUUUGAGCUAAUUCCACUUGGUGCUGGGUGA